AUGCUCCCACCAUUCGAUUAUUUUGAGCACCGAAGAGCAUGUCAAUUCAAACAGAAAGAACGCGCGGCGCGCAUAGCUUCUCUUCCUGAACCCUACAGAAGCCCUGUCACUUCUUCUGAUCGUGUGUUCCUUUCGCGACCCAUUUCCGAGCUCGUACGUGACGUCCAUAGACACAUUCUCCAACCGAUCGAGAUACUACGUACCUAUGGCAAAACAGCAGUACUCGCUCAUAAAAAGACUAAUUGCGUGACGGAGUUACUCGUACCGGAGGCAGAGAAAUGGGUGCAAGACGGCGAAAUCAAUUUCGCGGGCCCGCUUGCAGGCAUACCUGUCAGCUUGAAGGAUAGUAUCGCUGUUGGUGGUUUCGAUGUCACAGUCGGAUACUCAAGAAACGCCGGAAAGCCAUAUCCUAGCGAUGGAGCUUUAGUAAGGCUACUCAAAGAUGCAGGGGCAAUCCCUCAUGCAAAAACCGCCGUUCCCAUAACCCUUCUCUCAUUUGAAUCUAGCAAUGACCUCUGGGGUACUACGAAGAAUCCUCAUAAUACCAAAUAUUCGCCAGGCGGCUCCACCGGUGGUGAGGCCGCGCUUCUGGCACUUAAUGGCAGUCGCAUAGGUAUCGGCAGCGAUGUGGCAGGGAGUGUCAGGGUUCCGGCAGCAUGGUCGGGAAUCUGCAGCUUGAGAUGUAGCACUGGAAGAUGGCCCAAGGUAGGCAUGGACACAUCGAUGCCUGGUCAGGAAGGAGUACCUUCUGUCUUUUCCCCAAUGGCACGCACCCUUGACGAUCUCACGUACUUCACGAAAUCUAUGAUUGAGAUGCGGCCAUGGAAGUAUGAUUAUACUGUUCAUCCAAUCGAAUGGCGCGAAGAAGAAUUCAGGGCGGUUUCAGGAACAAGCGAGAAGAAGCACCUGAGAGCCGGUCUGAUGCUGUCUGACGGAGUAGUGCCACCGGCCCCAGCAAUCGUAAGAGGCUUAAGAAUGACUGCCUCGGCCUUAGAACGAGCUGGCCAUACAGUCAAAGAAAUUCCUAUCUCUAGCUUUCCCCCGGCAGCAACACCUGCAUAUGGACUGCAGCUUGCCUCCACCCUACUGACCUCAGAUGGCUGCAAAACAUUCCGAUCCUUCUUCCGGACCGGAGAAAGAUCAGACCCUGGAGCUGCUCAACUGUCCUUUUACAUGUCCUUGCCACAAUUUUUGAGGUGGUUAUAUUAUGCCUACGUACGCUAUAUCAAGAAGGACCAUCUUUGGGCAAGUCUGUUGCGCUCCUUCGGUCCUUUGACCGCCGCACAGAAUUGGCAAUACGUUGCGAAGCGAGAAGCAUUCCGUGCAACUUGGUUUGACUGGUGGGAUGAUGAGGACCAGCAGUUUGAUUUUAUCUUAUGCCCUGCCAAUGCGACUCCCGCUCUCCCACAUGGUGCGAUGCAUGAUGCGGUCUCCUCGUGUGGUUAUACCUUCUUAUGGAACCUUCUGGACUACACGGCUGGUGUUCUACCGGUAACGAAAGUCGAUGCAAUCAAAGAUGCGCUGAACCCGGAAUGGAAGCCACCCAAUGGCGUCGCCAAGGGAGCUUACAAGCACUAUGACAGCGUUGCUAUGGAAGGGUUGCCCUGCGCUGUGCAGAUCGUUGGCAGGAGAUUGCAGGAAGAGAAGAUUUUAGCAUGUAUGAAUGUGGUUGAAGGCGCCCUGAAGGCAGAUGGAGUGGAGUAUGAGCACCUGGAUAUUGAUUGA